CUCUCUUCCCCCUUGGCUCCACCGCCGCCAGAAGCAGUUGGUAAAUCAUCGAGGAGGCGUUUUUACCACACGCGGCCGUUUUAGCAGGUAGACGGAGAUUGUUCUGGAAGCGGGCUGAGGAGCGGGUUGCGCUGGAAGACAUGCUGCCAGUGGGGGCUGUCCGCCUUGUCCCCAGCGGUGAAGUCUACAAGCAGAUCUUUGAAGAUGAGGUUCAUUUAGUACGCUCUUUGGAUGAAGUAAGGAGCAAGGCUAAGUUUUCUGUGAUGAGUGAAAGGAUACCUUUGGUUAAGGUCUCAGAAGUUCGUACGGAUGCAAGGCCAUUAUUGCAUUACCAGAAGUGCAUUGAAAGAGUGCCCUAUAAUGACUUCACAGAAAAAACAGUGUUGUGCAGGGAAGCUGCAACGUUUCAAAAGACUUGGAAAAGUGAGGCUACAAUUGCAGUCGAGGAAGUCAGAGCCUUGCCUGAUUUUGUUGUUCCCGAGAAAACAAGCAGUAAUAUUUUGGAACGCCUGUCAGGACGCAGGCGAGGCCGUCAUGAUGAAGCACUGACCUUAAUGCAUCGUGAGCUUGCCUGCAUUGCAAGGGAAAUGGAACCCUUUGUUUUGGAGCCUGGAAAUUUGCUUUUGACAAAACUAUUGGAAUCGGAUAGAAAAAUUGAAUUUUUAUUCAAAAAGAUUGAGCUCCACACUGCUCUGGAAGGCUUCUCAAUAGAAAGUUUGGAAGAACUGUGGGAUGUCAUCCACCAGGAAUCCUUGACCAGAAGGAAGUGGAUUAGGGAAAUGGACGAAACCUUAAGAAAGGUUGAAUGGCGUCGAACUGACAAAAUAACAGAUGUACUGAGGAAGUAUACUGUGAUGCUGGAGGAAAUUUCCUUCCUCUUACCACCUGACGUUUACAGGUUCAUGAAUGAUGAAGCCAUGAUUAUUAACAGAGCCCUAUUGGCCAAUCGGAGGGCAAUUGCCAAGCUAUUUUUUAAUCUAAUGAAAACAGAGUUGAAAAGAGAAUUAUCACAUCGAUUGAAAUGGCAAGAUAGGGUGAAGGAGUGGAAGCUUCUACAAAAGAACUACGCAGUUCACAGUUUCAGAGAAUUUAUGGCAAGUGAAGAAAUACAGAAUCCACCAACUGUACAACAAGAAAUGGAAAAUAUGAUAACGGAUCAGAUUUUACUUGAUGAAAGGAGACUAGAAUUUCUGCAACACCUUGGUAAUCUGUUGCCUCCAUUGCACACGAAAGCGGAGAUAAAUGAAUGGUACGAGUCGUUGGUGAACCUAAACAAAAGCAUAGAUACCCACAAUGCGCAGUGUCUGAUGAAAAUUCGUGUCCAGUAUGAGAAGGUCCAGCAGAAAUGUCUGACGGAAGUGCAGUUACGCAAGAGUAAACUGUUGAAUUGGAAUGUUUGCACAAAAAAGGAGGUUGAAGAAAUUGUGAGUUCUGACUUACUUCAGUUGACUGAGAAACUACGAAGCCGGUUUGAAGAAGAACUGGAUCAUAUGGAUAGAGACUUGGAGGAGCUGGCUAAGCAGAAUGAACAAAAUUGUAGAGACUUCUACAGCUAUUUUCAGGAGGCCAUUGUCCUCUGGGAUGUCCAUCAACUCAAACUCUCCUACCAAGAAGAUGAACUUAAGAAGCAAUUAGAUGAAUGCAGAUGGAAACAAGAUAACUUAAUACGGAUGACAGAAGCUAAUCUGGAUAUAGUUUUGGAUAAAAUGAGAACAGCAAGCUCUGAAGAAAAGCUGAAGAAAUAUUUAGAGAAAGCCGUUUCUUCUUUGGAUGAAAUUAGAGCUGGGUAUGAGAUAUUCAACCAAGUUCUAAUGGAUAAAGUGAUGGCUUACCCAGAAGCUGUUUUGCAGGAGUUGAUUUCUUAUAGUGUAUCCAUCAGCCAAUAUUUUAAUGUAAAGGAAAUCUUUAAACAGAACUUGGAAGAAAAGACAGACACCACUUUUCAAGAGCAAGAAUUAGUUGAGGUUUCAGAAGCUGAAAACAUGGUAGAGCAGCAAGCUGAGAGCCUUGUGCAAGAAUAUGAAGAAGAGGAGCAAAAGGAUAAUAGCAUUCAGCAGGAAAAUGAAGAAACACAUACACCUGAGAACGAGGACGUCUUUGCACAAGAAACUGAAGAAACAGAGAAACAAGGGGAGGGGGAGAGUAUUCCUCAUGAAAGUGAAGAAACUGAUCAUAUAGAACAGGGGGUAAUCUUUGCACAAGAAUAUGAAGAAGAGAAUAAAUUUGAAGGUGAAGGAAGUCUUGCACAAGAUCAUGAUGAAAUGAGAAAUCUCUUCCAGGUGGAGGAUCUCAUCAACAGUGGCAAGGUGGAAAGCUCUGAAUUUGCUCUUGAGAUCUUUUCCACUUCUAGUGGAAACACUUACACAGUUUCUGGAGUGGAAGAGGCAGGAAAGACCAGCACCCCAGACAAUUGUUUUACUGAAUAUGAAAAAAAAGAAGCACUUCCUGUGUACCUGAAACAUGUACUUAUAAAAGAAACUGUGUUUGCAGAGCUUAAAAAAUGGAUCCGCCUCUGCUUUUUCGAACACUUGGAGAAGUGGUUUACACAGUCCUUAUCCAACUCUUCUGUCAUUGUGGCUGCCAGGAAAGAGGAGCUGAAUUCAGAACUUAGCUUGCAUUUUCACUUGUGUCAGUCAAGGCAGGAGCAUAUAAAGACAAAUAUCUACAAUGUUAGAGCUGCGGAACUGUUGCUUCACAAAGAGCGUCUAGAGUGCCACUGUGCAGGGGUGAUGGAAGCUCUAAGCAAGGAAGAAAAUGAAUUUCUCAGACUUCGUGAUGAGCAAAAUACCAUCAGCAAAGAUUUCUGCUCGCGGAUCCGUGACAUGGGAUCUGUCUUCCUUGGUGCUGCUAAGACUGAGAAGUUGGUUUCUUUCACUGAAAGUCUGCACUCAGAGCUGCUUAAUCAUCUGGAAGUCAUCCAGAUUUCCCUGAGAAGUUACCGGAACUAUUUGGAGGAAGCUUUGGGAAAAUUACGAGAUUCAAGCGUGGAUUUUCUCAAAGCUUGCAGAUUAUUUUCAGAGGGAGGUAACUUUUCUCCUGAAGAGAUACAGUCUUUCAGCAAGCGUCUUCAGAAAGAAUGUGAGCGUAUUGACUCUUUUGAAGGUUUAAUCAUGGUUGAUAUGGAGAAAAUGGAAUCAGACUACUUUGAGCAGGCUACUGAACUUAUCAACCAGUCGGAAACAAAAUUCCGUUAUCUUUCUAUGGAUCGAGUCUUUAUGGAAAAGAUCCAACGAUUUCUGACAAAUCUACAAGUGCAAAUCAAGUCAGAGGUAGCAAAUUCCAAUUUGCAGGCAGUGACAUUGAACUCCUAUCUGGAGAAGCUCCAUCAAAAAAUAGAUGCUUGUGCUCAUCCUACUGCAGAUAAAGAAGCUUUGACUUCAGAAGAGUUGUAUGACUUUUCCAAAGUAGUGUUGAAAGAACUGAAAAAGAGGAGCCAGUAUCUUGAUUGCUUGCAAGUAAAUUUAACCAGCCUUUAUGUUAAUGAGGACUUUGCCCCUUCUGCAUCAGAUAUUACGUUGCAAGGCCCAAUUGCAGUUGCCAUGCGAGCAGAGUCUCUCAGAGAUGAGAACAAUGUGAUGGUGAUGGGGAUGGAUCCUGUUAAAUUUCCUUUGUUAAAUCCGAGCAGAAUGGGGAAGUCUGCAGUUGAAGAUGUAUCAAUAAGCAUUAUCAGAAAUUUACUCGAAAUUCGGCCACCCAGAAAAUCUUCAGUCUCGAAUCCUGAGAGAAACGAUUGUUCAAGUUCAUUAGGACCAGCAAUUCUUCCCUCAUCAAAGAAGAAUUCUCUCUUAAAUGUGCCUGAUGGAGGUCCCCAGAACUCUGCUUACAAUUACUCCGCUCUGAGCCCCAAAAGGUCAUCGUCUUUUAAUAAAAAGAUAUCAACAGGAAGCAUACAGAAAUACAGCAGACCAGGCCGCAAUGACAAGAGAUUCUAUAUAUUUGCAGAGAAGCCUCCAGAAUCUGAUACUUUUAAGGGGAUUAUUAACAGCAUUCUCUGGGCAGGUAAUGACAGCUUGCUCUAUCUUGCUGAGGAGUUCUACCGGAAAGAUAAGCAUCAAAUCACAAUUCCCGAAGAUCUACCGGAGACGUUUGAACACUGUGCCGAACGGCUCAGCCAGAAACUACUGUCAUACCAGAGUCAGACAGAUGAUUACUAUAAUUCCUGUCUAAUUGAAUUUCGGGAUCAGUUGAAGUUGUUUGAAGAGGAACUCCCUUAUGUCUCACAGUUAGCAGUUGAUAGUCUUUUAAAAGAGCAUGAGCAGAAGCUCAGCUGUUCCACCGAUCAGAUUCGGCACCUCUUCAAUAAACAGCUGGAAGUCUGGGAGAGUGUAAAGGCUGUGCACACAAAUCAGUUACGUCCUUCUCUGGGACAUCCAGACAACUUACUUCAGCUGGAAACUUUGUGCCAAAAGGAAAUAAAAAGGCAGAAAGACCAAGCUGAUGCUAUUCAUCUCAAUACACAGAUGAUGCAGGCCUGUGCUGCUGAGUGUGCUCAGAACUUUGUUUCGGCGCUAGCUGCCUUCACUGAAAAGCUGCUUCUGGAAUUAGAUGAAAGUAUCACUAUUGAUGAUGUACAACUAGCAAAAAUUGAAAUGCCGAGAGAGAAGAUAUCCACCCUAAUCCGUCGUAAACAAGCCGGGCUUUCUCUAGAAACCUGUGAAGUUAAACAGUUGAUUGAACGUGGGAGCAGGACUUGGCCAGGAAUACCGGUGACUACUCUUACGGACAAUUCAGACUAUAUUCUUUGCAGGGAAACUGCCUCUGUGACAACAGCUAAGACUACACUGGGCCAUGUAGCAGUAGUAGAAGCAAGAGAUGCAGUAUAUGAGAAAUACAAAGGUAAACUUGAGCAGCAGUUUACCCAGAUCAAGGAAGAAAGUACAGCUCAGCUGAUGACAACUCAGCGCUGGGAAGAGUGGUGGAAACGAUCCAUCCAGAAGAUAAAGCAGCUCUAUACCUGAGAUCAGUCCACUCUUGCUAAUGUAUUUCUGUUCUACAAAUAAAUGUGCUC